AGGUCAUGAACACCGCCGACUAUGAGAACCAAGUCAAGAUCUUGGCAGCACAUCCGAUGAUCGGGCAAACCAAAAACCUUUCCGCACACUCAGCCAAAGAGCAAGGCAGUGGGGAUGGAACUCCCGCUGAAGUUAUUGAGCUUCUUGCUGUUCUCAACAAGGAAUACCAGGAUAAGUUUGGAUUUUGCUUCGUAGUCUUCGUGAAUGGAAGGCCUAAAAAAGACAUCAUUCCAGUGCUCGAAUCGCGCCUAGGCAAUACCAAAGAGGAGGAAUGCAAAGAGGGUCUCAAGGCGAUGGUACUUAUUGCUGAAGACCGAUUCAAGAAAAUGAAUGUGGCGUGAGGAAUACGGUCUAGUCACCCGAAACUCUUGCAUGAGAACUGCAAAGUCUGUGCACGAAUCCAGCACCCACCAAAGGGGUCGAUUGACGAUUGGCACUCCACCAUUGCAGAUAUCCCUGGUUUACGCUCUUGGUGGGAGUCUCGACCUUGACGUAGCGCUAUCGCCGAAUGAAUUCGGAUUUGCAUUGCUCAGAGUCGGCAAGCGCAAUUGUGGUAUGGGCAAGGUAGUCUAUCUAUAGCAUUCACACCUCAGUGGUAGGCGCCCAUAUGGCGUGUUUGCUGAGUGUGUGAAAUAAGCAAGAUGCAAUUCUACGGUGGCAGGUUUCCGCUGUUGAACUUUCAUUGUAUACAGGCAAAUCGACAGAGGCGACAAGUCUGGCUGCGUUCACACAAGUGAAUCUUCAAUAAAGUCGACUUUAUUCAAUA